AUGUCUAAUGAAUUCUUUACUCUUGAAGAUUUGGAAGGCAAGGAAUUGAAUCCAAAUCCAACUCUCAUUGAAGCUUUAUUAGUUGUUGUGGAACUUGAUCAUGAAAAGUCAAACAAGGGCAAAGCAAAUGUUGAGGCUGACUCAAUUGAAAAAAUUGCCAAACCAAUAAUAAAGAAUAACACCAAGAAAUUAUCUUUGAAGAAACCAAUGAGAAAGUCUCUAGUGAUCAAUAACAGCAAUAAUAAUAGUUCAAAAAGAAAAGUGAAUGAUCUUGAGAUUCCCACUGAAGAAUGGAUAAAUCAAUUAUCAAAUAAGAAGAAGAUCAAAGAAGAUAGUUCAAAUAAUGUGCCACUGUUGCCAGAUGAAUUUAAACAAAAAAUCAAUGAGAAAUGUAGCAGAUUUCAGCCAACCCAGAUCAUUCAUGUUUACCAGAAGAAGUUAUACAGUUCAGAUGUAAGCAAAAAUCAUGGUAGACUCACAAUGCCUCUAAACAAAAUAGAGAGUUUUGAGUUCUUGGAACACAGUGAGAUUACAAGCCUGAGGCAUAGAGAAAACUUCAAAGUGUCAGUGAUUCAUAAACCAUUAAGAGAGAAUGAUGAUGAUAAUGGAUUAACGUCUCUUGAUCAUCCUCUCAUUGUUGAGACCACACUAACAUUUGCGCAGUGGGAUUUGCAUAAGAAUGAAGAUGAUCGUCAGAAUAUAAGUUAUCAAUAUGUAUUAAAUGGUGGUUGGAAUAAGAUAGUUUUUGAAGACAAACUCCAAAAGGACGAUAUAAUUGAUGUUUGGGCAUUCAGAGAUAUUCAAAACAAGCUUUGCAUGGUAGUUGUCAGGCGAGAAUGA